CGCUGGAGGUCGGUGCGUGUCCGGGUGGAGUGACACGUGUGGUCAGGACGCGAUCAGGGGCGCCUGUAUCAAGACCAGCGACAGUUUUUUUUUUAAUUAGUGACUUUUAAUUCGUUUUAAAUCCUCUGGAUUGAACAGACACUUUUUUCUUUUCUUUAUUUUAAACCCCAAAGACGUAAAAAUGGGACGUGGAGAAGGCCGGGAACAGUAUGAGCUGGCAGCCACCUCAGAACAGGGGGGCAAAAAAUCCAAGUCCAAGUGCAAGAAAGACAAGGAUAAGGAUAUGGAUGAACUUAAAAAGGAAGUGGACUUGGAUGAUCAUAAACUGACUCUGGAAGAGCUUAACAGGAAGUAUGGCACUGACCUAACCAGGGGAUUGACUGUUGAUCGUGCAAAAGAAAUUCUUGCACGUGAUGGACCCAAUGCCCUGACCCCCCCUCCCACCACCCCAGAAUGGGUCAAAUUCUGCAAGCAGCUCUUUGGUGGCUUCUCCACUCUCCUGUGGAUCGGAGCUAUUCUUUGCUUCCUGGCAUAUGGAAUUCAGAAAGCUUCAGAAGAUGAACCAACGAAUGAUAAUCUGUACCUGGGUAUUGUGUUGUCUGCAGUGGUUAUGAUCACUGGUUGCUUCUCGUACUAUCAAGAAGCUAAAAGCUCAAAGAUCAUGGACUCUUUCAAGAAUCUUGUUCCUCAGCAAGCCUUGGUUAUCCGCGAUGGUGAGAAAAUGAGCAUCAAUGCAGAGGAUGUGGUUGUUGGAGACCUUGUGGAGGUUAAGGGAGGAGACAGGAUCCCAGCUGAUCUGCGGAUCAUUUCUGCUCAUGGGUGCAAGGUGGACAAUUCCUCACUGACCGGUGAAUCCGAGCCCCAGACUCGUACUCCAGACUUUUCUAAUGAUAAUCCUUUAGAAACGAGGAACAUUGCUUUCUUUUCCACCAAUUGUGUCGAAGGUACAGCCAGAGGCAUAGUCAUCAACACUGGCGACCGCACUGUGAUGGGUCGUAUCGCUACUCUUGCCUCUGGUCUGGAAGUUGGCCGAACCCCUAUCUCCAUUGAGAUUGAACACUUUAUCCACAUCAUCACUGGUGUGGCUGUCUUCCUCGGUGUUUCCUUCUUUAUUCUUUCCCUCAUUCUUGGAUACAGCUGGUUAGAGGCGGUUAUUUUCCUCAUCGGCAUCAUUGUCGCAAACGUGCCUGAGGGUCUUCUGGCUACCGUAACUGUGUGUUUGACUUUAACUGCUAAACGUAUGGCGAAGAAGAACUGUCUGGUAAAGAACCUUGAAGCUGUAGAAACCCUUGGAUCCACCUCCACUAUUUGCUCCGACAAGACGGGAACUCUGACCCAGAACCGCAUGACUGUGGCGCAUAUGUGGUUCGACAACCAGAUCCAUGAAGCCGACACCACAGAGAACCAAAGUGGAACCUCGUUCGACAAGAGCUCUGCCACUUGGGCUGGCCUGGCUCGAAUUGCUGGUCUCUGCAACCGUGCUGUCUUCCUUGCAGAUCAAGAAACCGUUCCAAUCCUUAAGAGAGAUACAGCUGGCGAUGCGUCAGAGUCUGCCCUAUUGAAGUGUAUUGAACUUUGCUGUGGUUCAGUGAAGGAGAUGAGGAGCAAAUACACAAAGAUUGCUGAGAUCCCUUUUAACUCCACCAAUAAAUACCAGCUGUCCAUCCACAAGAACCUCACUGAUGGAGAAAGUAAACACCUGUUAGUAAUGAAGGGAGCUCCUGAGAGGAUUCUGGAUCGAUGCUCAACUAUUAUGCUUCAAGGAAAAGUGCAGCCACUGGAUGAUGAGCUGAAGGAUGCUUUUCAGAACGCCUACCUGGAAUUGGGUGGCCUGGGAGAGCGAGUGCUGGGUUUCUGCCAUUUCGACCUCCCUGAUGACCAGUUCCCCGAGGACUUCCAGUUCGACACAGAUGACGUGAACUUCCCCACGGAGAACCUGUGCUUUGUUGGCCUCAUGUCCAUGAUUGAUCCUCCUCGUGCUGCCGUGCCAGACGCUGUUGGAAAGUGCAGGAGUGCUGGAAUCAAGGUUAUCAUGGUUACAGGAGAUCAUCCAAUCACAGCUAAAGCCAUUGCUAAGGGUGUGGGGAUCAUCUCUGAAGGCAAUGAGACAGUGGAAGACAUUGCUGCUCGUCUGAACAUCCCAAUAAACGAGGUGAACCCAAGAGAUGCCAAGGCAUGUGUGGUUCAUGGUGGUGAUCUUAAGGACCUGACCCCUGAGCAAUUGGAUGACGUCUUGAAACACCACACUGAGAUUGUGUUUGCCAGAACAUCUCCUCAACAAAAACUCAUUAUUGUGGAAGGUUGUCAGAGACAGGGAGCCAUUGUAGCUGUGACUGGUGACGGUGUUAAUGAUUCUCCUGCUCUGAAGAAGGCUGAUAUUGGUGUAGCAAUGGGUAUUGCUGGAUCUGACGUUUCCAAACAGGCUGCUGAUAUGAUUCUCCUGGACGAUAACUUUGCCUCCAUCGUUACUGGUGUAGAAGAAGGCCGUCUGAUUUUUGACAAUUUGAAGAAGUCAAUUGCGUACACCUUGACGAGUAACAUUCCUGAGAUCACUCCGUUCCUUCUGUUUAUCAUUGCAAACAUCCCUCUUCCUCUGGGUACAGUCACCAUUCUGUGUAUUGACCUCGGUACAGACAUGGUCCCUGCGAUCUCCUUGGCUUAUGAGGCUGCUGAGAGUGACAUCAUGAAGAGGCAACCCAGAAACCCCAAGACAGACAAGCUGGUUAAUGAAAGGCUCAUUAGCAUGGCAUAUGGGCAGAUUGGGAUGAUUCAGGCUCUUGCUGGUUUCUUUACCUACUUUGUAAUUUUGGCUGAGAAUGGAUUCCUGCCCUCUACGUUGCUGGGUAUACGUGUGUUCUGGGAUGACAGAUACACCAACGACCUGGAAGAUAGUUAUGGACAGCAAUGGACAUAUGAGCAGAGGAAGAUUGUGGAGUUCACAUGCCACACUGCGUUCUUUAUCAGUAUUGUGGUCGUGCAAUGGGCAGAUUUAAUCAUCUGUAAGACCAGGAGGAACUCCGUCUUCCAGCAAGGAAUGAAGAACAAAAUUCUAAUCUUUGGUCUGUUCGAGGAGACUGCUUUGGCAGCGUUCCUGUCCUACUGCCCAGGAAUGGAUGUUGCUCUUAGAAUGUAUCCACUCAAACCAAACUGGUGGUUCUGUGCCUUCCCCUACUCACUUCUGAUCUUUAUUUAUGAUGAAAUCCGAAAGCUUAUCAUCCGACGCAGUCCAGGAGGUUGGGUGGAGAGAGAGACCUAUUACUAAAGCAUCCUGUCCACAUUGCACAAGUUUAUUUGCAUGGCUGUCUUGCUGCCUGGAAUUGAACCUCAGUAAUUCAGUUUUUUUAUAUAAACAAAUCUGUACGUCUAUAGGGAAUGCUUGACACAAACAUGGAGAUCAUGAACCAAGACAUUGCGUGCCUUGUUUCUGAAGCCGGACCAAUUUUCUACGUUUUUAAAAUUGUGAUAUUAAUAAACCUCCAGGCGGUUGCCGCAUUUGGGAUCAUUUGGAUGCUUUACAUUUAUUCAUUUGGCAGACACUGUAUCCAAAUAGACCUACAAACUCAUACAGGAGACAAGCAUAAAGCUGCGCAGUUUGAAAGGGUCUUGCUCAAGGGCCUUAAGUGCCCACUGACUAGAUUUCUCUUAUUUUUUUUUUAUUUAUUUUUUUUUCCUUCUCCCUAUAAUUUUUUUUCCUCCUCUCAAUGUGAAUUAUCUAAUAAUAGAUAAAUGAGUAAAUUUUCUUGACAUAUUUUAACACUAACCAAGGACAUGCUGAAUUAUGUGCAGUGUCCAUUUCUAAAAGUAGGAUCAACUCGGUUUAUAGAUGUGACUUGUAGCUUUAAGCUUUUCUGCUGCAAAAUGACUUGAAAUCUGUUUAUACCAAGUUGGAGCCGCUGAGGUCUCUCUGUGCUUCCAACUCUGGUGGAUUUUAAAGGCCGCUGUUUAUAUACUUCAGAGGGAAGCAGAUUUUAACCAAAAUGCCCGCGGCUCCCCAGCAUCCAAAAAAAGGCUGUUUUAUCCUGUUAUUUGUUAAAUUUGUAACUACAUGUAGUGAUGAGGUGCAUAUUUGGAAUUCGCCUACACAAUGAUAAUCAUAAGCAAAUGGCCUCUUUAGCCAAAUGUAUCAAAUGAAUUUAGACAGCACCAAAGAUCACACUUAAAAUAGUUCCUCUGUAUGCGAGCUGCAUUAGUAAAUUAGGAUGUUUAGUUCUAAGAGCAGUUCUACUUUAAACCAAAUUCUUCUUCCUUUCCUUAUUUUGCUCUUCUAAAGUUAACCCCAACACUGGAAUGUUUAUUAGGUGUUUAAUUGUACUUGAGCUACACUCUUUCAGCUGUGCUUAAUUGAUUUCCAAAUAUUCAAUAAACCAAAUGAAACAACGGCACUCUUUCUUCACCCCCUCAAAAAACAUUUAAGAAGAUCAGUAAGAGGACGGAUGUAUUGGAGCACAUAUUUUCUUGUUUGGCACAAUAAGAAGCAUGAACCCAAUAACCUUUUAUGUAGGAGUAUGAUUUCGCCUGGUAUGACAUUAAGGCAGAAAGAUGUAAUUUGUCUUUUAAACCAUGUAUUUAGUGUGCAUGAUUUUUGCAUGACUUGUAGAAAGUUGAAUUAUACAAAACAAAAACAGCAACUGGGUCCAGUGUGAAGUGAGUUUUUAUCAUGAGGCAGAUGUAGUGCUUGGGGACCAGGUGAUGUGUACAGUCAUCAGUUCUGCCUAAUUUAGGCUUUACCACUUUUUGAAUCCUUAAAGAAAUACGAGCUUGCCAAUUAUCUUCUGUUUAUGACCUCCUUGAUAUGUAAGUCAUUAUUAUAAAUGCAUUCCCUAUGUGAAUGAAGACUGUUAAAUGAAAUCAAAUAAAAAGACAAAAGGUUAAAA